CCCCUGGAAGAGGAGCACUUCCUAGUGUCUUGUCUGUGCCUUCCACCCUGAGCACAGUUAUAAAUGAAUACUUGGUGGUGAUAGCAAGAAGUUCCUCUGGUGUCAAAAAAGAGUUAGAAAUGUCUACUUCUGAAGAUCUGGGGACUGGAAACAUUGAACAAACCCAAGAACAGCUUGUGGUGCCAGAAGUGACAGACUAUGGAUCCCGGUUUUUGGGAGGAAUCCAAAGACGUCCAAGGGCAGAGCAAAAGCUCACUGGAUCUGGUUCAGGCCAGUCAUUUUGGAAUAUGACCGGACCACACCCCAAGCAAGCGGGACAUCAGGUGCAGAUGCCCUGGGUGCCAAGAGAACAGAGCCAUGGUGAUGCCCAUCUCCAGGAGUUUCCUGGUAACUUCCCAGCAGGGAGAUUACCUUAUGAGUGUUUGGAGACAGAUAUAAUGGCAGAGAUUGGCCUGGAAGAGCUCAAUGGCCUGGAGAUGGAAGUCAUGAGAAGGCACAUGCAAGUGAUUUCUGGGCGGCUGCGUAUCCUUGAGGACCAUGAUGCCACUUGGCGCCAUAAAGAGGCUGUGCUCUUUACUCUAUUGGUGUUGGUCUGCAUAGCCAACCUGUGGCUUUGGAUGCGUCAGUGAAAUUUCACAGGCAUCAAAACUCUGAUGGAGCUAUCCCCUCCUCCCUCUUUCCUUUGCUUCCAGGGAUAUACCCUUGCCUACCACUUUCUAUCUCCCAGCAGCUCUCAGGUAGCAGUUGAUUUAUUUUACACUUCUGCUCUGGAUUUCUGCUUGGAGAUGAGCCAUGCUGUUGUGAGAUUUUAGCUGCUGGACAGCUAGGUAAUCACUGGGUAGCAUUACACAGGUGUGUCUGGGUUGGCACGUAAGUCCACUGAAUGGAUAGGAGGAUGGUACCAGCCCUGACAGAAACAACAGCAUUAGGUAUUACUACCUGCUUCUGUCACCCAGAAUUUCUUCUCUUCCAUCUUCUGUGAGUAGGGUUUGGCUUUGUAUCCCUCCCUUGUUUGCUUCCACAGCACUCAAGCUUUUCAAUAAAUGUUUCAUGACUGCAGCAAAA